CACCGGGAAGCGCGCCCAAUGGAUCACUGGUUUCUGUAGCCUUCAUGAAAGCCAGAGAUAUGAGCAACGAAGCAGAGGGGGAUAAUCCAGACCAAACAAACUGCAAAUGUAAAUCACCUACUCUGUCGUCCUCGUACUGCAUCGACAGUAUUCUAGGAAGGAAAAGUCCCUUAAAAGUUAACGCAACACCAAACAGUUUGUGGCCCCUGCAACCAGACAUGCACCUGCCGCCGAAGCUCCGCCGCCCCUUCGCCCCGUUGACAGACUCAACCAGAGACAUUCACACAGACGAAAUUGAGGCAGUGGGCCCAAGACUGCUACACACAGCUUGUGAAAAAUUAAAAAUUACAGAGGCCUCGCUAGUAAACAUCAGUCGUGCUAGAUCGUAUCAGGAACAUGCUUCUCUACAGUCCUGUAGAGACACAUCCAGUCCCACGCCAAGACCAGAGGUGGACGAAACCGACAAUAAAAGACUAUGUAGGGAAACAACUGUGUCUCCGGGUCUAAUGGGACUGCAAGAACGAGAGGCUUAUUUGAAGAACAGCGAGGAAACUACUUUAUCAGCGGGAAGUGACACUGAAGAUGGGAUGUUAAAACGAAAACAGAGGAGAUACCGGACUACAUUUACCAGCUAUCAGCUUGAGGAGCUGGAAAGAGCUUUUCAAAAGACUCACUAUCCAGAUGUUUUCACAAGGGAGGAAUUAGCAAUGAGACUUGAUCUUACAGAAGCACGAGUGCAAGUCUGGUUCCAGAAUCGACGUGCAAAAUGGAGGAAAAGGGAAAAGGCGGGGGUCCAGUCACACAGUCUGAGUCUACACUAUCCUGGAACCCCCCCUGCUGCACAGUCCUUGUGUCAUUACCUGAGUGGGAAUCCUUUUGUCCCAAACCCACAUCCAGCUAUUGAUUCAUCUUGGCCUGUCCCCCUCCAAAGACUGGCUCAGCCUCCCCCAAACCAUGCCUCCCCUCAUGGCUUCAGUGCUCUGUUAGGGGCGGCCAUGUUUAGACACCCUGCUUUCAUUAACCCCACUUUUGGAAGACUCUUUACAAGCUUAAGUCCAAUGGCACUGCAAAGGAUACCCCUUCCUACCAUCGAGGGUCCAAUUCAACGCUCCCACCUCACCAACAACCUUCUCUCCUCUUCACCACCUUUACCUUCUUCCCCAACGGUGGACCUCCGUGCUUCCAGCAUAGCAGCACUGCGUCUCAAAGCAAAGGAGCAUUCUGCUCAACUGACUCACAUCACAGCUGCUGGAAUGGGUGGAAAAGAGGAGUGCUAAGAUUUACUCUCAAUUGAGAGAUGGCGAAAGACCAAAGUCAAGCAGAAGCACUGACAUCUGGAGAGUUAUUAUUAAUAGAUACAUUAAUAGGCACAUGUAGUUUUCAGACUGUUUCAGACAGUUGAAACUGUAGCAUUCUGAAGCUUUUCUCGUUUGUUUAUUGUUGGUUGUAAAUGAGUGCUGAAUGUUUUUUUUUUU